CUCCGUAUAUAUAUCGGAAACAUUUCCCCAAAGCUUGUGGAGAACAUCGACAACUUGUCUGCGCGUAUUGCAAAGAUCUCCACGCUUGUGAAACCGGUCGAGGUGCACACCAAGCCGUUGGGUGACGUUUCGUUCGCGUACAUCACGAUUGAAAACGACACCAAAAAUACCGCGUACGGGAAAAUCAAGUCCACCUUCCAUGGCACCAACUUCAUGGGCAAGAGUCUUAUUGUGGAUCGUGCCAAGCCGGACUUCCACGCCCGUUGGGAGAUGGACCAGAAGAAGGAGGACUCCAAGGCUGCCGACAGAGCAAAGAGAGAAAGAAUCCGUGAAAGAAGGGAACAGAGAAUUCAGGAAGCCAACCAACUGUAUCCCUGCAAUUCCAUCACCGGCCACUUGAUCAGCACGACUGCUUCGAUUGCGGCUCAGAGAGACGCGUACGGGUACCAGAAGUCCGCUCACACCUUUGCCAACCUCUCUGGUAACACCAAGGCGAAACCGCCUGUGAGAUCCUUACGAGGUGAGGAUUCCUACGGGAGUCUCACCAGACCAAAGUCCAAAACCAUCCACAGCCAGCACUUUGGCAGAACUUCCGGCAGAGGAACUGUUGUGCAGGGCCGCUACCGUGAGAAGGCCAGAAGCGUCAAGGACAUGAAGGCCUCGACCUUGCGAAUCAAUGUCAACGGGAACAUCCGGUUGAUCAAGUGCUACCAGACCAAGGUGUGGGGGUACGCGACCCACAAAAAGCCGCGCGACUUGGUCGCCAAGUUUGUCAGGGGCGAGUGGAAAGACGGGAACGACCAUAUCGUGGAAACAUUGAGCAAAAAUGUGAUUGUGUUCAAUGAACAGGGAUCCAUUGAGGUUGUUGCGAGUGUUGAUAAGUUCGCGGGCGAAGAGGCCAAACAGGACUUGGCUAAUAGUGAAGUCGAAGAGGAAGAGGAGAAUGACGAACAGGCCAAGGCGAGACAUGUUCUUGCCUCUUUGUUGAAUAAUUUCGACUUUGAUAAGCCAAUGGUGGUGAACGAGGCUCGCGAUGAGGAGUACGGCCACUCUGACUAUGAGUAUAACGGGGCUAGUGAUUCGGAGAAUGAACGGACCGAUGUAAUGGAGGUGAAUCUUGAUGCGAUUACGCAGUUUAAGAGCAGCCACCAGGAGCCAAAGGGACUCGUGCCGUACGGUGAAGACGACGAGGGGAACGAGUUGGACGGGAUUCCUAGAUACACGACAGAGGGGUUUUCCAGGCAAUAUGAUGCGGAGCAUGGAAUUGCGAGUGAAGCGAACGUUGUUCUGAUGGAUGAGGUUACAGAAGAUGUCCGAGCGGAAAUUACAGAAGAUGUCCGGGAGGAAGCUACAGAAGAUGAAUUUAUUCCUACGUUUGGGGGUGCUCCAGACACAGAAACCAAUGUCACCGAAAAUUUAAGAUCUUUAUUCAACCCAGCACAGUCCUCUGAAUUUAAGCUCAUCAACGAGUCGGACAACGAGGACAUUGACACCACCAAAUCUGUCACUGAAGACAAGGAGCUUAAAGCGCAGAUCCAAGCACAAAUCCAAGAAUCCUUAUCCAAGUUAACAACCACCAGAGCCUCUAAUGGGCUCUUCUUUACCCACUUCAACUCGCCGUUCUUGGUGGCCCAGACGCAGAUCAGCAAGGUCGGCGCCGGCGCCAUGGAAAUGGUCGAUGACGCGGCCCGAGUGGGAACCAUUGAAAACUACGACGCAUGGUUCUGGGAGCAAAGAAAGGAGAUCACCAGAGAGUGCAAGAGAAGAAGAAGAGACGUUCUCAGACAGAUGAACAAGAAGAGAAGCAAG